UCUUGUUGUUGAUUCGAACCGUAGGGAGCGGGUGAGGGAAGUAUUGAAGCCGGCCUGGGGGGACCAAGCAGCAGCGCCCCCCGGCCGGGCAGGGGGAAGUUUCUCUCGCAGGCUCAUUUUUCUGACGGAGACUGGUGGCCAGGUGAGCUUGUUGCCGUGGUUCACUAGCCCCCUUGCUUUGGACGGGGACUCCUGAUGAAUGGACGGGGCAUCAUGAGGCUGUUCUUGGAGCUAGCCCGUUUAAAAGGAACCGGGGAUGCAUUCACCUCGAGAAAAUGGGAAGAUUGUCGGCACAUGUUCACUUGCCGGGAUAACUGAGUGGUGGUGAUUUUGCUCCUUAAGAAACUGCUCCUUCCACCCCAUGCAGCUCUCCCCAUGCCCCAAGUGUGUGACUGGUGCCCUACGCAAUGUGUGUUUGUCAAACCAUGGAGGUGGGGAAGCAUGGGAAGAACACAACCCACACAGGAGCCCGAGGGGUCCUGCUGGAACCUUUCAUCCAUCAGGUGGGCGGCCACAGCAGCAUGAUGCGCUACGAUGACCACACUGUAUGCAAGCCUCUCAUCACCAGAGAACAGCGCUUCUAUGAGUCCCUGCCUCCAGAAAUGAAGGAAUUUACACCCGAGUACAAAGGAGUGGUGUCUGUCUGUUUUGAAGGAGACAGUGAUGGCUACAUUAACCUGGUAGCAUACCCCUACGUGGAGAGUGAAUCCUUGGAGCAGGAUGAUACACCAGAGAGGGAUCAACCACGUCGCAAACACUCUCGCAGGAGCCUCAACAGGUCCGGCAGUGGCAGUGAGCACAAAGAGGAGAAAGCAGGGUUGGCCGCUGACACCUCAGAAAGCAUACAGGACACGAAGAGCCUCAAGAGUUUCCAUUCAGAUGUUCCAUUUCAGAUGCUAGAUGCAAACAGUAGCGUGAGUUCUGAAAAGAUUACCUUUAAUCCAUGGAGUCUGCGUUGUCACAAGCAGCAGUUGAGCCGCAUGCGCUCCGAGUCCAAGGACCGAAAGCUCUACAAAUUCCUUUUAUUGGAGAACGUGGUACACCAUUUCAAACUUCCCUGUGUGCUUGACCUGAAAAUGGGGACCAGACAGCAUGGGGAUGAUGCAUCUGAGGAGAAAGCUGCUCGACAGAUGAAGAAGUGCGCACAGAGCACCUCAGCCACACUAGGCGUACGGGUUUGUGGGAUGCAGGUAUAUCAGCUUGAUACGGGGCAUUAUUUGUGCAGGAAUAAAUACUAUGGCAGAGGUCUUUCGAUCGAGGGCUUUCGCAAUGCUCUCUAUCAGUAUUUGCACAAUGGUGUAGAGUUACGAAAGGACCUCUUUGAGCCCAUCCUUAGCAAAUUGCAAAGCCUGAAGGCCGUGUUGGAGAGGCAAGCCUCUUACCGUUUCUACUCCAGCUCCUUGCUCAUCAUCUACGAUGGGAAGGACACCCGGUCUGAGACAUACAUGGAGCGCAGAGCAGAGAUGUGCCUGAAGCAAGUGGAUCUGUCUCUACCAGAGAGCCUUCAGGAUGCCGGCAGCACAGAGUCCAUCACCUUCCAGCCUAAGGUGGAUGUACGUAUGAUUGACUUUGCACACAGCACAUUCAAAGGCUUUCGAGAUGAUCCCACUGUACAUGACGGCCCUGAUAUGGGAUAUGUGUUUGGACUAGAGAGCCUUAUCAACAUAAUGGGACAGAUGCGGCAUGAGAACCAGUAGCCUUGAGCUAGAUUCCUUCAUUUUUCCCCUGACGAUAGGAACAGACAGGACCACCACCCCUAUAGAGAAACCAGACUCUGCUGCUUUGAAAAUAUUCUGUUGCUCCAGUGUGUUUAACCUCAACAAAGGACACGAUACCCUGGAUCAUCCUGGCAAAAUGGCUUUGACUAUCCUGGCCUGGACUCUUUGCAGGAGAGAUGCAUCCCAUGGACGACCCCAGCAUUGGGCAUUUCGUAUCUGGGGCUUAACAUUUGAUAUGUCCACUCCUGUGAUCUUGUCUGCUAGGAAUGUGGAGACUGACCCCCAUGGGAAAGAAGAGGGGUGAUGGUCUAGGGGUGUUGAUUUUGGGAUUCCAGUGUCCUCCUUCUUUGUCAACCUUCCAUUGAGGCACGAUGGUUUGAACCUCUCUUCCUUUGUUCAAAAAGGGCAUUCAGAUACAAGCUAACAUUACUUAUGGGGCUGAUUGAGGCACAUGAUUUGCACACACUCCACUCUGCUGUUGCUGCCCCUGAGCAGAUGUGAGAGACUCUUCUAGAGGGUAUAGAUGAUACUUCAUUUAUCUUCUCCAAUCUGGGCGUUAUCAGAUCAUCCCAACUGGGGAAAUAAAUGACCAAAGGAAAA